CUCCUCCUUCUCCGCCUCCUCCUCCUCCUCCUCCUCCUCUUUCUCCUGAGAAACUUCGCCCCGGCCGUGCUGAGUGCCGCUGCGCAGCCGGGGAGGGACGCAGGCAAGGCGGCGGGCAGCGGGAGGCGGCAACCCCGUGCGGUCCCCUCGCGUCUCUUCGGAGGAGCCCGGCUCCCGCCGCGCCAUGGCCCGGAGACCCCGGCACAGCAUUUACAGUAGCGACGAGGAUGACGAGGAAAUUGAAAUGUGUGACCAUGACUAUGAUGGGCUGCUUCCCAAGUCUGGAAAACGUCACUUGGGGAAAACUAGGUGGACCAGGGAAGAGGAUGAAAAACUAAAGAAGCUGGUGGAACAGAAUGGAACAGAUGACUGGAAAGUUAUUGCCAAUUAUCUCCCGAAUCGAACAGAUGUGCAGUGCCAACACCGAUGGCAGAAAGUGCUAAAUCCUGAGCUCAUCAAGGGCCCUUGGACCAAAGAAGAAGACCAGAGAGUGAUAGAGCUUGUACAGAAAUACGGUCCGAAACGUUGGUCGGUUAUUGCCAAGCACUUAAAAGGGAGAAUUGGAAAACAAUGUAGGGAGAGGUGGCAUAACCACUUGAAUCCAGAAGUUAAGAAAACCUCCUGGACAGAAGAGGAAGACAGAAUUAUUUACCAGGCACACAAGAGACUGGGGAACAGAUGGGCAGAAAUCGCAAAGCUACUGCCUGGACGAACUGAUAACGCUAUCAAGAACCACUGGAAUUCUACAAUGCGUCGGAAGGUCGAACAGGAAGGUUAUCUGCAAGAGUCUUCCAAAGCCAGCCAGCCAACAGUGGCCACGAAUUUCCAGAAGAGCAGUCACUUGAUGGGCUUUGCUCACACUCCACCUUCCGCACAACUCCCUGCAGCGGGCCAGCCCUCGGUGAACAGCGACUAUUCCUAUUACCACAUUUCUGAAGCACAAAACGUGCCCAGUCCUGUUCCGUAUCCUGUAGCGUUACAUGUAAAUAUAGUCAAUGUCCCCCAGCCAGCCGCUGCAGCCAUUCAGAGACACUAUAACGAUGAAGACCCCGAGAAAGAGAAGCGAAUAAAGGAAUUGGAGUUGCUCCUCAUGUCAACUGAGAAUGAGCUCAAAGGACAGCAGGCGCUACCGACACAGAACCACACGUGCAGCUACGCUGGGUGGCACAGCACCUCCAUUGCCGACCACAGCAGACCCCACGGGGACAGUGCACCUGUUUCCUGUUUGGGAGAACACCACUCUACUCCUUCGCUGCCAGUGGAUCCCAGCUCCCUACCUGAAGAAAGCGCCUCGCCAGCGAGGUGCAUGAUCGUCCACCAGGGCACCAUUCUGGACAAUGUUAAGAACCUCUUAGAAUUUGCAGAAACACUCCAGUUCAUAGAUUCUGAUUCUUCAUCAUGGUGUGAUCUCAGCCGUUCUGAAUUCUUUGAAGAAGCAGCCUUUCCACCUAGCCCACAGCACGCAGGCAAAGUGCUGCAGCCUCAACCGAGAGAGGGGCCUGGCAGUAGACCUGCAGGAGAGAGGGUGAACAGACGCAUGUUGAGCCAGGGGCCGCUUGAGCCACCCAAGGCCUCGCCUCCUGCAAGGCCCAGCACAGUCCCACUGGUCAUCCUCCGGAAAAAGCGCGGCCAGGCCGGCUCCGGGCCUAGUGGAGAUGCUAGCUCCUUGCCGCUUGCUGACAUCAGCAGUUCACCUCCCAAGCCUUCCCCUGUCAAAAGCCUCCCCUUCUCCCCCUCGCAGUUCUUAAACACUUCCAGUAACCAUGAAAACCUAGACUUGGAAAUGCCUUCUUUAACCUCGACCCCUCUCAGUGGUCACAAGUUGACUGUUACAACACCAUUUCCUAGAGAACAGACUGUGAAAACACAAAAGGAGAAUACUAUUUUUAGAACUCCAGCGAUCAAAAGGUCAAUCCUGGAAAGCUCCCCAAGAACGCCUACACCAUUCAAGCAUGCACUUGCAGCUCAAGAAAUCAAAUAUGGUCCCCUGAAGAUGCUACCUCAGACACCCUCUCAUCUCGUAGAAGACCUGCAAGAUGUGAUCAAACAGGAGUCUGAUGAGUCUGGAAUUGUGGCUGAAUUUCCAGAAAAUGGUCCUCCUCUGCUGAAGAAAAUCAAACAAGAGGUGGAGUCUCCUACCGAUAAGGCAGGAAACUUCUUCUGCUCCAACCACUGGGAAGGGGACAAUCUAAAUACUCAGCUGUUCCCUCAGGCAUCACCUGUGGCAGAUGCACCUAAUAUUCUUACAAGUUCCGUUUUAAUGACACCAGUAUCAGAGGAUGAAGACAAUGUUCUCAAAGCAUUUACAGUACCUAAAAAUAGGACCCUGGCCAGUCCCUUACAGCCCUGUCCUGGUGCCUGGGAAGCUGCGUCCUGUGGGAAGACAGAGGAUCAGAUGACGGCUUCAGGCCAACCUCGCAAAUACGUGAAUGCAUUCUCAGCUCGGACUCUGGUCAUGUGAGACAUUGCCAGAAAAGCAUUAUAGUUUUCAGAACACUUCAAGAUGACUUGGGAUGUUUCGUUCCUCAACAUGAAACUUUUCAUGAAUGGGAGAAGAACCUAUUUUUGUUGUGGUACAACAGUUGAGAGCAGCACCAAGUGCAUUUAGUUGGAUAAAAUCUUAUUGGAUUUCACCCAACUAAAAAGAUUUUUAGAAAUAAAUAGCAGUCUUACCUAAAUUAUUAGGUAAUGAAUUGUAACCGGUUGUUAAUAUCUUAAUGCAAAUUUUAAAAAAUGAUUUAUCUGUAUUUUAGAAGAUCCAACAGAUCAGUAUUUUUUUCCUGUGACAAGUUUUUCUGAAAUUUUACACACAAACAGGUACUCCAGUAUUUCACUUUUCUCAAUCACUAAACAUAGGCAUAGGUUGUUUAAAAAAUCAGCCAAAGCAUUACUGUAAACGUUGGCUAAACAUCAUGGGACAGUGAAUGGAGAGCAUGAGUGCUCAUUUAUGGCUAAUAACCUUGGAGGUACAUUAACUGUACUCAAACAUUUAUGAGUUUUUUGUUAGCUUGCUUUAAAAAAUUAUUACUGUACGAAAUAGUUUUUAUAAAAAUUAUAUUUUUAUUCAGUAAUUUAAUUUUGUAAAUGCCAAAUGAAAAAUGUGUUUUGCUGCUAUGGUUUUAGCCUGUAGACAUGCUGCUAGUAUCAGAGGGGCAGUAGAGCUUGGAUGAAAAGAAAAGAAACUUGGUGUUAGGUAAUUGACUAUGCACUAGUAUUUCAGACUUUUUUAUUUUUUAUAUAUAUACAUUUUUUUCCUUUUGUAAAACAUUGGAAAACUUAUUUGGGAGAUUUUGCAUUUAUUGUUGAGUGUAUGUGUGUAUGUGAGUAUGUAUGUCUUUUUUUUUUUUCGUGAUGGUUGGUUUAUAAAAGCAUGCAUUGCACUUCUUUUUUGGGAGAUCUAUGUUGUUCAUGUCCUAUGUGGUUUUUUUUUUUUUUUUAAUUUUUUUUUGUUUUGUUUUAGUUCAGCCUGGCUGUUCUUUAAUCCCAGGGUUCUGAGUUGGAUCAGUAUCCCCCAUGGUUGCUAAGUGUAGAGUCUCAGAACUGCCGCACGGAUCCUGUGUUUGCAGCUGGGAAACAGAGAUGGGGGUCAACAGCCAGUGCUGCUUUUAAGAACAUCUGGUGCAAGAUGGCUGGCACUGAACUUCUGGUAUGACAGUGUAAUUACUGCCUGGUAGCGAAAUAAAGCUGUGCCCUUAUUUUACUUA